GCUGCAUGUUUUUACAUUGUUUAUAUUUUGUCAUGACUAAUUUUGUCUUCAGGGCGUGUAUAUUAUAACCUUGUAAUUCGUAAACAGAAUCAUUCCACGCCAUGUGAGGCUAAAUACAGGUUUUUGACUCAAGCCCUAGGAGUUCACUUUUUUAUAGUAGUGGAGGUUGCGAAACAUUUUUCUCGAAGGACAAGUGCAUACGGCUCGUAUAAAAAUGUCAGACGAAGAGGACACGUCCACCCUCCUAGGUGACAAACUGGACGGAAGGAAAGUUAUGGAUUUAGCGAAACCUCCACCACAGGUUGUCAAAGUCGAUCAUAGUGUGAACGCCGUCAGCACAAGAAAUGAUGUUCUUUUAACGGCGUUAGUUGCAGGUUUUAGUGGCUUCUGUUUCGGUUUUGAUGUAGGACUGUGUACGCAUAUUUUACCUCAUGUGAAAAAUGAAUUUAAUCUGGCCUGUUCAGAGGAGUACGUCCAUACAAUCGUGUGGCUUAUUGGAGCUUUAUUGUCAUCUUUGUUGGGAGGCAUGGUGAUAGACAGCUGCGGGCGGCGAUGCGGCAUGAUGUUCUCGACGGUGGUGAUGGUGCUGGGCCUGCUGCUGACGGGGGUCACCCACUCGUACCCGGUGUUCCUGUGCGGGCGGCUGCUGAGCGGGGCCGGGGGGGCGCUCUCGGCGGUCGCCCAGUGCGUGUACGCGGCCGAGGCGUCCCGGGACUCGCACCGGGGGCGGCUGGUGACGGGGCACCAGCUGGGGGCCGCCGCGGGGUCCCUGGCUUGCGGCGCGGGCCUGCUGUGGGGCGGUCUGCCCUGGCGGGCUGUGCUCUGGAUGCCGCUGGUCCCGGCCUGCGUGCAGGCGGUCGCGGUCGCCACCGGCCUCCCGGAGUCCCCUCACUUCCGCCUGCUCCGCAUGUCCCAGGGCGGGCAGGCGCGCUCCUCCUGCCGCGUCCCGCCGAGCGUGCUGGAGGUGUCGGCGCUGGCCGCGGGGCUCGUGCUCUUCCAGCAGCUCUCGGGCCGCUUCGCCGUCCUCGACCUCGCCCGGAGGCUGCUCACGGCACUCGGCGUGUGCCCCGAGGCCUCCGCCACCGUCACCAGUGUGGCGCUGGGUCUCGUCAAGGUGUGCGCGGUGUGCGUGAGCCUGAGCGUGGUGGACCGGCUGGGACGGCGUCCCGUGCUGCUUCUGGGCGCCGUGUGCAUGGCUGUGAGCCUCGUCGCGACCGCCGUGCUGAGCACGCUCGACAUGGGGCCCGCCACGGCCGAGGGGGAGCUGUCCUUCGCGGCCGGCGUGCCGCUGGCGGCCCCCGAGCUGCCGACGGGAGCCCCGCCCCCCUUCCCCAUGCUGCCCACGCCGCUGUCGCUGGCGGUCUCGUCGCCGCAGUGCCGGGCGGCCCCCCUGCCCCUGGGGCUGCCGCCGGGGGCGGGCUACGCGGCGCUCCUGGCGCUGCUGUGCGCCGAGGCUGCCUACUGCUUCUCCUGGUGGCCCGUCGCCUGGCUGCUGCUGGCAGAGCUGUUCCCCGCGGCCGUGAGGGGCCGCUCCGUGGCCGCCGCCGCCGCGCUCUACUGGCUCCUGGACGUCCUCGUGCCGCCCGCCUUGCCGCGCCUUACCGAUGCUCUCUCGAUUCAAGGAACAUUUCUGCUGCACAGCAUGAUUUGCUUGAUUUCCCUUCUUUUCAUCUUUCUGUUUGUGCCUGAAACAAAAGGGAAAACCUUCCACCAAAUUUCCCAAGAACUGAAGUCCACCUCGUCGGCGACGCGGAUGUUCCAAAACCUCCGGCAGCUGCCGGGGCUGAGGGGGAACGAGUGGAUACGCCACCGGUCGGCGCAGUACCGGCCGGUGUCACACGCCAUCGCGGAGAGCGCCGUCAUCUGAGGUGCUCCGCCCCCCUCGCGCUGCCGCCCUGUUACCUUCGCUACCCUCUCCUCUGCCACCUGCUUAGUGCUUGCAGGCGAGUAUCAAGGAUGCCGAUUUCACGAUGUAACUGAAGGGGCAAGUGGAUGAAGGUGUCAUGUUACAAAACUAUUGUUUUGAGAAUAAAGGCUCCGAAAGUAAUAAUUGGUUUGCUACCUGCUCAUGUGUACAUAGCACCUUUAUCAACUCGUAACUAUGUUAUUUUUGAAGUUAGAGGGAAGGUGUCUUUAACCAUUACAUAGAAUGCAUCGUAACACCUUCAUCCCUGGACUUAGUGCAAUUUUAAAAAAAAAAAAAUGUAAAGAAUUAUUCUUUACAUUAAGAGGAAAUAUUAAUUUAAAAAUUAAAUUUAUUACCAAAGUUAUGCCUACAAUAUUGUACUGCCAAAGUAUGCUAGAAAAAAACUGACUAAAUUAAAUUUAAAUUAAUUUUUUUUUUUCUCUCUUGUUAGAUGUAGGUAGAAGCAGCAGCUAAGAUGGAAACUCUUUGAAAAUAUUGUUCUUAAAUCAAAUAUAAUAAAUACAUUUGGAUAAAUUCUCAGUCAGACAAUGCAUCCACCAACUCGGAGGAACUAUCAGUUGGCUUUAGCCCAAUCAUUUGAGGGACAAGUUGACAAAAAGUGCUAUUUUAACCAGAAAUUGAAUUGAUAAGGUAUUCUGAAUAUAUUGAGAGUUUCCUGGGAGAUACUGUUUAGCGGUCCUUAUUACAGUAAAAAAUAACGGGUGCACCAAUUUGAAUGAGUGAUCUUUCUUUUUUCCGAUGAAAUAAUGAAAGCAUCUGAAAAAUACGAGCCACUGAUAACUUUCCAGCUUUGUGAAAUAAAAUUAAUGUUAAACCAUUUAAAUGUUGGAAUCAGAUUGUAAAAUAAACACAAUUUUGAACUUUAGUUUGUUGCUAAUGAUAUUAUAAUAUUUGAAGUACUGUAAUGAUGAGUUAACUUUUUUCUAAACCGAGUUUUUUUCUUCUGGCUACAGUAUGCUAAACCUAAUCAGCAAAAUCCCAUUUGUUAAUAUGUACCAUUGUAAAAAUAGAUAGCCUUAAAUGGGUGACAAAGACUGAGGCAAUGAAUAAUAGUUUUUAUUUGACUGUCCUGAACAGCCAUGUUCUCUAAGGUCACUUAAAUAAAAUAAUUGUGCUUAAUAUUCAUAUGGGCAUCCUUGAUACAUCUGAUAGCAGCAAAAAAAUAUGUAUUUUUUGUAAUUGCUUUUAAAUGUAUUGUAUGAGUUGUAACUACAGCAUCAAUGUCUUGGCACAUAAUAUUUCAAUUUUGCGAUAUUUCCUUAGAACUACAUUGGUAGUUAUAUAUACUACUAUGCUUGUAAAUGUAAAUAAUAUGCUUUGUUUUCUAAAGUUUUUAAAGUAUCUAUUUUGUGAUAAGAUUAUAUGGGUAUUAUGAGGAAAAGUGUGGAUUGUCAACAAAAAAAAAAGUAUGUUAUUUAUCUUUACUAGUAUCUCUGUUUGCAUCCUUUAUGCAUGGAUGCUGUGAUUUUUGGGAGUGCUCAACCCCAACUAAACCUUCCGUGAAAUAAUUGUGAAAUUAAGUAGUAUGUUUAGUUAAAGCACUGUGAUUGUAAGUUUGAAGCGUCACAAGGUUUUGAGUAGGGUAUUAUGGAAUCAUGUAGUUUUUGCUCUAAUGGGAAAGUAAAAUAAUGACAAGUUUUCUAUUGGAAUGUGAGCAGUGAGCCACUAGUCAAUGUAUAUAAAGUAAAUCUAAAAAAGCAUAAUACUGUCUUACCAUUAAUGAUUAUAUAGUAGAUAUUCAAUCAUCCGCGGAAACUCCUGGUGAUAAUACACAUGCAGUAGGUUCAUAACACUUAACAUCUUGUAGUUUUUGUUUUUACACAUAUUGUUAGUUAGUAGUUUUUGAUGGCAGUACUUUUUAAAUGGAAUUUGCUGACCUCAGGUGGUGACAAACUCGAAGUAGGUUGUGGCCAGCAAAGCAUCCCAUUAAAGCUUUGUCUUAAGAAAUAAUCCUGCUCACUUAUGUCGCGUUAUGUUGGUUACCAUAAGCAGCCUGUGAAACAAAUUUAUUCGCUGACAUGAGAAUGUAAAGCAGAAGUGAUAUUUUUUAAGCCACAUUAAUUUGUCAUACUUGAGUAUUGGGUGAGGUGGAAUCUACAUUGCUUUCUUUAGUUAAUAAUGAAUGCCCGUGGCUGCUGUCUUAAAAUGUCACAAGUUUUACAUUUAGCAAGUGCUUGACCUAUUUAAACAAGAGCAGUUAUUUGUUUUGCAGUAGAUCUGAAAUAAUUAGUUGCAUCAGUAUGGUACUGUUCUAGUUAGGUAUUUGUAUUUAAAUAAGGUAAUUAACAUGUAGUUAUGUCAUACGUCUCAGCACAAAGCAAUUUCUGAGCUGUUUGUUUAUUUUAAAUAGUCCACGGUGUACUACAAUUGGUAAUGUCGUGUAUUUAUCAGAGGUGGAGAAGAUAUCAGAAUUUCCAAACUCAAUUCUUGAUACUGUUUUUAGCUUGAUACCCUUAAUUCUUUUGAUACUCGAUACUUUUAGUAAAAUCUAAACUUUAUUGCUUGUAAGUUGUAAUGAUUGUAUGUCCCUGAAAAUAACUACCUAUGCAUGGUAUCAUGGGCAUCCCUAGGAAUUCUAUAAAUUACUGUCCUGUAUCAAAGUACUAUCGAAAGUCUUAUUUUUACUAUUUAUCUUAUGAGAAACUCCCUGUUAAAUAGAUUUGGUUUUUUUUUUUUUUCAAGAAAAUUUUUAAUUGUUUCUUUUUAAAGAUUAACUUUAUAAUAAUAAUAUGGGAAUGAUUAUAAUCAGCCUUUAUGCUGUUUAAGCUUUGCUGGUGUUAGAUUUAAAUUUUCUGGUUAUAAUUUUGCCUGAAUUGUAGUUUUGUUAAGAAUUAGCAAAUUUGUGUUAACAUCCAGCAGAAGUUAAUCCUAUUGAGUUUUGUGACAUAUGUAUUUCGUAAUUUAUUAAUUUACAUGCAUGCACAAUUUUUGAAUAUUAUCAUAUUGCAGUAUAAUUUUUAAGUAAACAUUGUAGACACAAAGUUUUAAGAAGUAGUAUGAAUAAUUUUGUACUACGUAAUUGAAUUUUUAACUAAGUAUAAUAUAGUUAAUACAGUAAACACUAGUUCGGAUAGUUAUUCAUAUAAAUCUUGUCAGGGAAUUUAUUCAAUCAAUAGUUCAGGAUUAAGAAUUACAGUAUUUAUGUGUAGUAUUGUUCAUAAUUACUGUAAUACAUAUGUACAUAUUUGGAUGGUAAUGUUACCGUAGGUUGGAGACAACUUCUUCAUAUUCUUAUUUUCCUUAUAUUUGCUUCUGUUUAUAACUUACUAUUAAGUUAUAUUGAAUGUUUCAACUCACAAUUAGUAACAUAAUUCCCUAUACUUUUUUUAUUUAACUAGAUUGUAAAGUCACAAACACAUAUUAGCUACUAGAAAGUGUUACAGUAUGAUAUGCACUACACAUUGAUUAGCGAAAGUUAUGUGAACUCCCAAUUUUUUUUAAAUAAUAGUAAAACAUGUAGGGGCUUCAUCAGCCUAACACAGUAUGGAUCUUGUUAUUGAAAAUUGAAGUGAUGUUACAUUUUUUAGUACUAACUAGUAAAUAGCAUAAAAAUCAGACAUUUUCAAGUUUAAUUGCAAUGUUUAGUGAUUUUAUAUAGGGCCUCUGUAUUUUGUUUUUGACGUGUGCUUAGAGGAACAACUCUAUCCUAAGAUGUAACGUUGCAUGUAUGCGUACUUUACAGAUUUGAGCCAUCAGUUAGAAUAAUUUGCUUCAGUUUAUACACUUGCACAUAAGUAUUUUUUACCUAACCAAUUUAUACACAUAUAAAUCUCUACUAUUCUUUCUCUCUUUUUGUCCUUCCUUCUUGAAUAAUUAAAAUACCAGUUUUGAUUUGUGGCUUUAAUUAGAUUAGUCAAGAUUUAAAAAAAAUUUUGGCAUCAGUCACCAAACUGGUAUGUAGAACUAAGUAUGUACAUAUAUUAAUUUAUUUGUGAUUUUUAAACUGAAGUAGAUUGAUAGCAGUAGUUAAGUUUGAAUUCAAAAAUUAAAGUGCAGUAGAUAUUUAAACUAUUGUAAUUCACGUGGACUUGAAACUAUUGAGGGAUUUUUCUGUUCUAACAUUCCUGAUCAGCAUGUGUAACAUUGCGACAUUGAACUGGCAUUAAUUUGUAGACAAGCUCAGUUUGUGCCUGUCUUAGAGUUGGAUAAAGCUGGACUUCUUAAACAUGUCAUGGAUAAAACUAUAAAUUAUUUAAAUCUAUACAUUAUUUAGUGUUUCGUUUAUUACAGACUGCCUAUUUAUAGGUUAUUUACUAUAUUUGAUAGGUCUCUGCAAAUUUUUAUUUUUUUAUUUUUUCAUGUAAAAUUUUUUUUUCAUAGGUUCAAUUUUCAAAUAGUCUAGUAUUUUCAUCGUCGUGUAUCUUGCGUGCAGCCAUUUUUAUAUAUACAUAUAUUACAAGAUUUUUUUGACAAUCGUACAAGUGAUUGUAAGGGCUGUGAAGAUUGUUCAACUUCUAUUCCCUUCCUCCCGUCAAAGUAACACAAGUUCUUGACUAUAAUGUUUGAAAUAAUAAUAAGACAUUCAAUGGAAUGUUUAGGUUUAAGGUACUUUGAAUUGUGUUCUGAAUAUUUCAUCAAGAAAUAGCACAGGUUGUGUGUUGAUUCAUUGGUAAUGUGUGUUCUGACCAUGACAAACACGUUUUUAUUUGGAGACACUUUCAGGGGUGUAAUAUCUGGAUGCCGAUUGCUAAAUGCACCUGUCAACUAUCAAGUUUCAUUCAUCGUAACCAAUUAUCACAUGAUUCUGAUCGUCAAACAGCAAGUAAAAUUAUGAAGCACCAGAAAAUAAAAUAAAUUGAAAUGCACAGUAAUUAAAAGUUACGUAAAUGCUUUAUUAAUAAUAUACUUACAAUCUUUUUUAUUGUUUCAAAACUUAACUUCAUUAGAACCAAAUAAAGUUCUAUUUUGAUAUCUGGACUGUUUAAGAUCAAUUGAUGUUCACGUGAUUGGUAGGUUAAUGGUGGCCUUUAUUUUUUCGAUAGGGAUUAUUAGCUGGUAGAGUACCCUGACAUGUGCAAUCAUUCAAAUUGGUUCAUCCCUACAUUUUAUUUCUGUAGCACUUUUGUAUGCUGUAUACAAUUCAGCGGCGUACCAGUGUGUGUUGCGGUUUUAAAGGUGGUAGUAUGUCAUGAGUUUUUUUUUAGAACCAAAGAUGCCUCUUUGAUUUGUAAUUUCAUAUUUAACGCAUUACUAAGUCAUCACAAGCUGCCCCUUAAUCAAGUACCUAUUAACUACCAGUGCAAAUUCUUGGUACAUCAUUUUAUUGAUGCAUCUUUAACCAUUUUUAGCUGACGUUCUAAAAAAAAGUUAUUACAUGCUUUUUGCUUGCAUUUAAAACACACAAUGCAUUUAUUUAUGUAAUUUUUUUAUAUAUAAGCUUUUUUAUUUUAUAAAAUGUAAUAUUUGAAAUAUAGGUAGUUAGUAUUGAUGAUUACUUUAUGUGCAUAAUGCAAGAAAAAUUUAGUUAGAAGCUGUUUCGUAGUCAUACAUUUUUCAAACAGAAUGUAGUUUUUUUUUUUUUUUUUUUUCACAGAAAUAGUUAUGUAUAAGGUAUGUAAAAAUAUUAUUUGUACACUCAUACAAAUGUUGUAACUACUGAAAUGUGUAAGAUUGAGUAUAUUUGUAAAAGUUAAACCUGGUGUACUAACUCUUUUUCCUAUUUUUGAGUAACUAGUGUUGUAUGUAUAUAUUUGUAACUAUUAAUGUAGAACUCCAUUAACAUAUUUAUAUCAUUACACGUAGUGUAUAUACAUACUUGGGAGUAUUGUUAGCAUACAUUAUCGAUUCUUAGUAGUUUCAGACUUAUUUUCAUUUUGUUGCACUGUUCAUUGCAGCCUCAUCCUCAGAGAUUAGUGUCCAUCAACUCAGUCUGCAAUCCUUCAUCACACGCACAAAUUACUUUGGCACAACUCGUGGGUGUUCCUUAUUUUUAUAGCAGUUUUCGAGAUAGCGUUUCUGUACUCCGUAGGUAAAGUAAACCAUUUGAUAAAAUUGUAAUUUUUUACGAGCGCAAGUUUUUUGAUUUUUGAAACCUCUUCACAUUAGCCUUGAUAUAUUAUUUCCUAGACAAAAAUGAUAUUUUUAAGAUAAUAGUUUGGCUGAUGUUUUUGUGUUAACUCUAUUUAUUUAAAAAUUGGUGUCUCCCUUUGGAAUAGAGAAUAUUUUUUUGCUCUCGUAAUAUUUUUUUUUAAAUUACUGUAAUAUCAUAACUACCAAUGGGAAGAAAUUUAAAUUUAUUGUGAAGGGGCAACAAGAAGUAGUUACUAGAGGCAAGAUUGUAUGGUGAAUGGCGAUAAAAUGGAAAUAACAGCGAAAUUGAACUCGGAACACCGCCAAACACCAAAAUGGAAGUCAAUAUACCGCAUAACACCAAAAUACAAAGCAAAAUACAAAAUUCAGUCAAAUUCACCUCAAUUAAAUUACAUCAUUUUGUAUGUUGAAAUAUAGAAUUUAUUUCAUAAAUCUUUAAUUUUGGCAUUAUGUUCUAAGUAAAAAAAAAAAUUAUUUAGUUCCUACAUACUGUUUUUUUAAAGUAAAAUAAAUUUAAAGUAGUCUAUAGCUGAUGCCUACAGAUAUGGCUAAAGACCUACAUAGAAACAUGUGAUUUUGGUUAUAUACAUUGCAUUUUUUUAUUCAUAUUUAAAGUAUUGACAUAAUAAUACAUAGAUAAAAAGUAUAAUUUAAAUUUGAAAAUAUAUUUAAUUUUUUCAUGAACUAAUAAACAUUACAGAAGAAUAUUUAAUGUUUUUACUGAUUUUUUUUAUUCUUAUCAACAUAUGUAAUAUUGUUUAUGUACACAUUUUAAGCAUCUUACCACAAAUGUUGUAGCAAUUGAUCGUUAGUUUGCUUGAUGUGUAAUUAUUAUUACAUAUGUUUAAUCUUUAAUGAUGAUAGACAAAAUCACUAUUUUUAAUGAUUUUUAUUGCAUGUUUAUUACACCAUAAAAUCUUAUGUCUAGUAGUUAGUUACCUGUCGCUCAGUGUCUUAGAUCUGGUUUUGACUGUGAAAUAGGAGUGAAAGUUGUGGUGGCGACUAAAGAGAAAGUGGUUAUCUGUUAAUUUCUGGAAAGAACAAGUGUUAAGGUAGUUGGGGUGAAUCUGCAAUUGAACUGCUUUGGAGAUGGGAGAAAAAAAUUGUUUUACGUGAAAAUAAAAAAACACUUUGCUCAUAAAAUAAUAUCUUUUUGGUCUGCAUGUAAUGGCUAAGUAGUCUCUUUGCGAAGUGAUAAUCAAGAAGGUGUGUUAAUAAAGCCCCAAGUUUGUUUUUGUGUAGAUUUCAAAGAAAUGUUGUGUUUUCCGGAUAAUUUUAUAUAGUUUUUCAUUUCAUGGUCCAUAGACUCCAAAACCAUUGUCAACUGAAAAGUUUAUACAUAUGUAUAUAUCACAUUUUUGUGGAUACGAUAACUGCCGUCAUUUUCCACAAAUCACUUCCAAACUAAUACAGAAAAUAUAAACAUGGAAAAUCUUGGUCGAUUUCGUUAAUGGCCAAUAUCUGACUAAAGGGGCAGAAAUGGAGGAAGGCUUUUUUGGGGGGGAAAAACACUCUAUAAUACAAACCAUUAUAGCAAGGGGUUGACAAAACUGGGGCUGAAAUAAAAUAAAGAGAACUUCCUAACCAUGUACACUAUUGAAUCCAUUUUUUUUUGUAUCGUCUAAAACUAUUGUUAAAUAAAUUUUUAUCUAACCAACCAAUACUGCAAGGGGUGGAAAUAACAAUGUUUGAAAGUAAAAAAAAAUAACCUUUACUUUUGUUUAAGAGAUGUACAAUCAAAUCCCUUAUAAUUUAUUUCCAUAAUAAACAGGUACUUCCAAUAUCUACCUAGGCCUGUAGGCUGUGACAAAAGGGAUUUUUUUUAUUUGUAAAGUUGCACACUCAGCUAACAAUGCUGAAUAAUAAGCUCUUAUAUUUUUUCAUUUUUUAAAAUUUGAAAUUUUUUACUUUUAAAUGAUUUGUACAACAAAGAUACUUACAGUAUAUAUUAUGUAUGAUUCAAUUAGAGUCCAUGUGUUAAACAUUCAUCACAUAGCAGACGAACUUCCAGAUUCAACUGCUGAAGUUUACUUUCUCUUAUGUAACUUGUGCGGUUGAUGGAGUAAGUGCGGAAGAAAUAUUGGUAACUGUCCGUGAUUUGUCGAAAGUAGCAUUCUUGAUAUUGUUUCACGUUUUGGACUUAAAAAUUUUUGAAUUUAUAGUGAACAGUCAUUGAACAUUUGCAUGAAGUGCAACAGCAUUUAUAAGAGGGUUUAAUGUUUUUUUUUAUAUUGUGAUUGUUGUACGCUACAUGGGAAGAGCAAACAGAAUUUUGGCUUGAGUUUGUGGAAAACUAAACCAUGUAAAUCUGAGUUACUGUUACUAGAGCCUUAGAUUUUGAAAUGUGUAUGUUUAGUUGAUUAAGGUUUUCUCUCACAGCUGUGUUGAUUAUUUCAUUUUCUUGCCAUUUAUACUAUUUAAGUUCUGUUCCUGGAAAUUGUUCACGUUAGUUCUCUUGCAUUUUUUGUUUUGCCUCAAAAACUUUCUCAAUAUGUAUUUACUAAUUAAUAUCUAAUAGUGGUAAAUCAUGCAAGUUUUUAUAAUAAUGAUCACUUGGAAAAUUUUACAUAGCCCUUUUUUUUUUUUAACAUAUGGUGAGAAAAUUGCUAGAGCUAUCAAAAAAUAAACAUAUAGGAAGUUCUGAAAUUGAAAUAACAAACUCUGUGUGUGAGACGGAACCUUCCUUCCUUUUUUUUUAUUUUUAAUCUCUCUGUGAGAAGCAUGGAAUGAAUUGUGUUCCUGAUUUCUUGUCUGUAUUUUAAAUAAAACCUUGCCACAGGAAAACAGUUCAAAUCCCCAAUUCCAAUGCUUUAAGAGAUCAAAAAUUUGGGUAGUGCUGGUGACUAAAUUUUGCAACGGUGAUUUACAGGAACAUAUACGAGCUCAUGGAGAAUAUCAUCAUAAUUCUGCAUUGAAUGCGUAGGUUUUUCCUUCAUUUGAUUGCAGCAAAUCGGACCGUUAUUUCUUUUGUCACUCCAGUCGGCUUAGCCAUGUAUUACGAUGUGAAUUUAACUACAAAAAUUAAUAUGGUCAAAGCCCCGAAGAAAAUUAUAUGUUUUAUAUUUACUUGUAGGUGUGACCUCGAAGUAGUUAGAUAAAAAUUUUCUUUACUUUGCCCAUUUUUUUUGUUUUCCAUCACAUAUAAUAUUUGAUGGACAAGGCAUUUCACUUCCAUGAUUGCCAUUAUGUUGUUAUCAAAAUAAUGUUGGUAUUUUCUCUGUCAAAUUUACAACCAGACAGUCCCAAAGUGAGGUUGCAAAAUUCCUGUGUGUAUCAACUAAGGGCUCGGGACAAGAUUGUAUGGUGAAUUGCCAUAAAACCAAAAUAACACUGCAAAACAUUUCAAUAUCUACAACACAACACAGAAAUGCAAGUUAAUGCACCAUUUAGCACCAAAAUGUACCUAAAAAAUCAUUCAAUCAAUUGGCAUUUUGACAAAACUUAAAACUUAACUCUAAUUUUAAAAAAAAAAUUAUCUUUUACUAUGGUAAAUUUAGUGACACAUUUUUUUACAUUAAAUACAUUGGCACAUUUGUGAAAAACACGUAUUUGAUAUUUAAAGAUUUAUUUUUAUGAGUAGUAAAUUCUAUAUAUGAUUAUACUAAUGAUUUUAUUGUAUAAGUAUUAAAAUAUAUUUUAGUUAUGUAUUUUUUGAACAAUAAACUUUUGUAUGAAUAAAGACUAUGUAUAAAAAUGAAAACGGUAACACCGGAAUGUCUUGUUUUUUAAAAAAAAAAUUGACCUAAAAAUAAAAUCAUAAAUUUUUGACCCUGCAUAAUGGACCAAUUUUAAUCAUUUUCCACAAGUAUUGACAUAAUUUCAGUACAUACACUUGUAAAGGAGACACACAUAGGAACCUAACAAAAUUUACGAGCCAGCACAUACACAGCUGAUUCCUGGGUGCUUGAUUCCUAAGCUUUUUUAGGAUUAUGAAUACUUGCCUGUCAACUGAACAGACCUGAAGUGUGUUGAGGUAAUGGAAGGAGAUGGUUGUAUUAUCUGUGAUUUUUUUUCUACAUUGUUGCAUAAGAAUGACUGAAGAUGUUAUUCAGUAGUAGGUUGGCCUUUUACAUUCUGUUACGGUGACAUUUUAAUGUUCCGUUGUUCAAAUGAAAUUGUUUUGUAUGCCACAACUUGCAUUCAUUUUGUUCUUGCUUAUAAUUGUUUUAUAGGAUUUUGUUUUCAUUUAUAGUAAUAAAAUAAAACCAGAAAAAUUAUUUGAGCGUUCAGAAACAAUUAUUUUUUUGAUUGUCAAACAAGUUUUGAGUUGAUAAUUUCUUUUUAUGUUUAUGUUUUAAAAAGUGAGAUUAAAAAUGUAACAGCUGAUGUUAAUAUUUUUGAGAUACGUUGUAUGUUCUCGUCUUAUUCCAUUACUGCAAGGGUUUAAAAUGUAUUGAAAAAUAAUGUGCUUUUAUAAAUUAAAGAUAAUAGAUCUAAACAUCAAAUCAUAAAUCCAAUUCUUCUCGCAUCAAAUAUGAAAUCAAGGGAUUUAAAAACUAUGUAAAUUUUUUAAUAGACAUUUUUAUGAUUCAGACAUGCAAAGUUUGUGUGUAUUUUAUUCAGUGAUACUGACAGCGUCCUUAUUGCCAGAGUGAACUAACUGAAGCAAUACGUACUACUUAAUCACCAAAUUUUAUUAAUCUUUAUUUUAACAAUGUUUGUUACUAAGAGGUUGUGAGUUGAAUGAAUGAGAGCAGUGCCAUUAAGAAUUAUGUGUGACAUAACAGUAUUUUUGUAUUUCACUUUUAUAAGCAAACAAUUGUAACAUGUAACACAUGGUAGGGUAUAUUGCAUACAAAUAAUUGCAUGAUUGUGAACGUGUUUAAGAUAAGUAAUGUAGCGUAUUUGUAAUAGUUCUUUUGUCUGUUUCACAAAUCAUAGAGGAUAUAAGCAAGCAGUUUGUUUUAUGAUCAAUUGCCAUUUUGGUCAUUGUAUUAUGCACUGUAUUAAGCUUUGUUCUAAUAAAUAAACUGUAAGAAUUGA